AUUUUUUUAAACUUGAGAUUUUUCACAUUACAAGACAAAGAAAAGGGACAAAAGAGUGCUGCUGGGUAAACUGCAGUGUAAACUGUGAUAGGAGACCUUUGGCCCCACUCACUCAGUAGAUUAGAGCUCCGACCAUCGACAGCCUGACACCCGAGAGCUCCGGUGUGGCGCACACUUUGGUUUUAAGGAAAGACCGGAAAGCUGGCGUUGUUGUUUAGUUUUGGAAACAUGUGGCGGAAAGAGAUGAGCACACCUUUAACAGCAGAGGAGCAUCUCAACGCUUUGUCACUGACACUAGCGGACGUAUACUGAAAGAGCAUCGCGCGUAACUCGCUGCAGCCCCUUUUGGGCGCAUUUUCAUGGAGACCUAUAGAUGACAAGAAGACCUGCACGCUGCGGAGAGGGGAUCUCUCUAAUGUGGAACAUGGCGAGAGGGAUGAGAGGAGCUCAUCUCCUCCUCGCUCUACUUUCUACCUUUUUAACAACACUUUUCAGGGACGCAGAUGGACAAGGAACAGGUUUUAAUUUGAGUCCUCCGUAUUUCAACCUCGCUGAUGUGUCUAGGAUCUCUGCCACAGCAACCUGCGGACAGGAUAAGGCUGGCACACCGGAAUAUGAGUUGUACUGUAAGCUUGUCGGAGGACCGAACAUCGAACCUCCUAUUUCAAACAUACAGGGUCAGUUCUGUGACUACUGCAACUCCGUCGACCCAAGCAAAGCCCACCCGGUGACUAACGCUGUCGAUGGGACAGAACGCUGGUGGCAGAGCCCUCCUCUCUCCAGGGGACUGGGCUACAAUGAGGUCAACGUUACCCUGGAUCUUGGGCAGCUCUUCCAUGUGGCAUACAUCCUCCUCAAGUUUGCUAAUUCACCUCGACCUGACCUCUGGGUGCUGGAGCGCUCUGUGGACAACGGGAGGACCUUCAUCCCCUGGCAAUAUUUUGCACAUUCAAAGCGUGAGUGUAUUGAAAAGUUUGGAAAGCAGCCCAAUGGUCGUAUAGUGCAUGAUGAUGACCAGCUCUGCACUACAGAAUACUCACGGAUCGUCCCUCUGGAGAACGGAGAGAUCGUGGUGUCUCUGGUCAACGGUCGGCCGGGGUCCAAAAACUUCACCUACUCGCCAGUGCUGCAAGACUUCACAAAGGCCACCAACAUCCGCCUGCGCUUCCUCCGCACCAGCACCCUGCUGGGCCACCUGAUCUCCAAGGCCCAGAGAGAUCCCACAGUCACACGCAGGUAUUACUAUAGUAUCAAAGACAUCAGCAUCGGUGGACGCUGCGUUUGUCAUGGGCAUGCACAGGUGUGCGGUGGGGGGCGUAACCAGGACAACCCAAACAAACUCCAAUGUGAGUGCCAACACAACACCUGUGGUGAGUCAUGUGACCGAUGCUGCCCGGGCUUUAACCAGAAGCCAUGGCGUGUUGCAACUGCUGACAGCCCCAACGAGUGUCUCCCCUGCCAGUGUUUCUCCCAUGCCUUUGACUGUUAUUACGACCCAGAGGUGGAAAAGAGGGGAGCAAGUUUAGACACCUUCAGAAGGUACGACGGAGGAGGAGUGUGCAUCAACUGCCAGCACAACACUGAUGGAGUGAACUGUGAGCGAUGCCUUGAAGGUUUCUACAGGCCUUAUGGAGUACCUCCCGAAUCUCCUACAGGAUGCAUAUCCUGCAGGUGUGAUGAAAGGACUACAGCCGGCUGUGAAAUGGGGUCUGGAAGGUGUCUCUGCAAGCCACAGUUUGCUGGAGAAAACUGUGAUCGCUGUGCUGACGGAUACUAUUACUACCCGCAGUGCAUUCGAUAUCCCGUAUACCAGACUACCACCAAAUCCCCUGUGGGACCUAUUGUGGGGCCCACCGCUUGCCCUCUAGGUUAUUUUGGCCCACCCAGCUGUCAGCAGUGUAUAUGUGACUACAGAGGGACGGCUCACGGGGUGUGCGAUGCUUCAGGCCGCUGCCUGUGCCGUCAGGGUGUGGAGGGGGAGCGAUGCGACCGCUGUCGACCAGGAUACCACUCCUUCCCAAACUGCCAGGAGUGUAUAUGUGACUACAGAGGGACGGCUCACGGGGUGUGCGAUGCUUCAGGCCGCUGCCUGUGCCGUCAGGGUGUGGAGGGGGAGCAAUGCAACCGCUGUCGACCAGGAUACCACUCCUUCCCAAACUGCCAGGCGUGUGCCUGUGACGGGGCCGGUGUGGCCGACAGUGUGUGCAGUCCAAGUGGUCAGUGUAUUUGCUUUCCCAACUACGCGGGGCAGGAGUGUGACGAAUGUGCACCAGGCUACUAUGGAUACCCAGACUGUGCUGUUUGUCGAUGUUCACCGGACGGCUCAUAUGGCAGCAUAUGCAACCCACUGUCGGGUCAGUGUCUAUGUCUCCCAGGGGUGGUGGGCCAGCAGUGUGACCGCUGUGCCUCUGGACUCAGGUUCCCCCAGUGCUCAGCCCCCAUCAGUGUGUGUAACCCAAAAGGAACUGAGCUCACUGAUCCUCAAACGGGCUCCUGCCGUUGCCUAGCAAGCGUAGAGGGAACCCUGUGUGACAGGUGUAAACCUCUCUACUGGAAUCUGGCUACAGACAACUCUCGUGGCUGUAUAGAGUGUCGGUGUGAUGUGAAGGGGACUCUGAGUGGUGUUGGAGAGUGUGAACAGAAAAGUGGACAGUGUUACUGUAAGCCUUAUGCAUGUGGACAUGCAUGUGAAACCUGUAAGGAUGGAUACUUCCUGCUGCAGAAAAAGAAGUAUUUUGGCUGUGAAGGUUGUCAGUGUGAUGUAGGUGGUGCCAUUGACACUGCGUGCGAUGAGACAUCGGGACAGUGUCGGUGUCGGAAGAAUAUAGUUGGCCGUGAAUGCUCUGAGCCGGCACCGAGCUACUAUAUCCCCACUCUCCACCAACUGAAGUUUGAGGUUGAGGAUGGCACCACGCCAAACGCCAGACCAGUGCGUUUUGGCUAUGACCCCCAAGAGUUCCCAGAUUUCAGCUGGAGAGGUUAUGCUGUAAUGUCUCCUGCACAGAGUGAAGUCAGAGUAACAGUGCAUGUUGACCCAAAAGAUGAGAGGCAGCACUUAUUCCGUGUGGUUCUGCGGUUCACUAACCCGAGCGGCACCAGUGUGACCGGUAGCAUCAAGGCUACCGAUAACAGAGGCACUGCAGGGUCAGAUCAGAGUAAGGAAGUAAUAUUCCCUAAGAGUCCCUCCCCAUCCUUCCUCACCGUCCCAGGAGAGGGCUUCGCUGAGCCCUUUGCAUUGACCCCGGGGAAAUGGAUCAUUCACAUCAGGGCAGAGGGAGUUCUGCUGGACUAUUUAGUGCUGCUGCCCCGUGAUUACUAUGAGGCACCUUUGCUGCAGGAGAAGAUCACCCAGCCCUGCACAUACUUACCUGCUGCAAACAGAGAUACAAACUGUCUGUUGUAUAAGCAUGUGGGCAUGGACGGCUUCAGCUCUGCUCUGGGCUCACAAGGAAAACUGUCCAGCCGCAGCGGGCGCAGGAGGAGGCAGGCUCGUGUGCGCCGUCCCACCCCAGAUCACCCUGAGAUGGCCGCUCUCAAUGGCAGACAGUCGCAGCUCCAGCUCAGUCUACGUGUGCCUCGUCCUGGCCCUUACGUUCUUGUCCUGGAGUAUGCCAGCGAGGUAGACGCUGUCCAAAAUGUCAACAUACUCAUCAGUGGCCAGUCAGGUAGCCAGAUCCCAGCCAGGGCCAACAUUUACAGUUGUGCCUUCAGCUUUUUGUGCCGGAGUGUGGCGGUGGACAGCAGUAAUCAGGUGACAGUGUUGCAGCUUGAUCACAAGACGGAGGUUCUUCUGCAAACGUCCACUACGUCAUUCCUGCUGUAUAAAGUGUACGCAAUCCCUGCAGAAGAGUUCUCCAUUGAGUAUGUGGACCCAAAGGUGCUGUGUGUCUCCACUCAUGGCCGCUUCACCCAAGACAGUCGGCACUGCGUUCCGAGGCAAUUCGACAAGCCAACCUCAGCCUGGAUUUUGUAUGCUGCCCGUGAUGGACAGCUUUCUCCGGCACCAGCUGUUUCUCCCCAACAAGGAGAGAAUGAGGAGUGGAGACGGAGACGACAGACCAGGGUGUUCCCUGUCCGUGAACCUCAGAGUGACGGGAUACUGCUUAAAUUUCCUCAGACGGAGAUCAGUUUCACUCCCAAGGUGCCCCUCCCGGGCAGGUAUGUGGUUGUGGUCCAUUAUCACCAGCCUGAACAUACCUCCUUCCCCGUAGAGGUCCGAGUAGAUGCAGGGCGUCAGUGGAAGGGUUCAAUAAAUGCAUCGUUCUGCCCUGCGGUCUCAGGCUGCAGAGAGGUUGUGAUCGCUGAUGGACGCAUUGCCCUCGACUUUGACCAGAAUUCUUGGCAGCUGCCCUCCAUCUCUGUGAUCGUGCCACCCAAGAAGACACUUGUACUGGAUUAUAUCUUGUUGGUUCCCGAUAGCAGUUACACCCCUGAUCUCCUGAAAGCAAAGCCACUGGAUAAAUCUGCAGAUUUCAUACAGCAGUGUAGAGGAGAAGGCUUCUAUAUUGACCCGAGAACUUCUCCCCAGUUCUGCAGAGACUCUGCCCGCUCUCUUGUAGCAGCCUAUAAUAAUGGAGCGCUGCCUUGCGACUGUGACAAGUCCGGCUCUACAGGGACCACAUGUGAGCCAGUUGGAGGACAGUGUCCCUGCAGGCAGUUUGUCAUCGGUCGACAGUGCACAAAGUGUGCCACGGGAUACUACGGCUUCCCCUACUGCAGACCGUGUGAAUGUGGCCGCCGACUGUGUGACGAUGUGACAGGACGCUGUAUCUGCCCCCCUCAGACGGUCAAACCCACCUGCGAGGUGUGUCAGAGUCAGACUUUCAGCUAUCACCCGUUGCUGGGCUGCGAGGGCUGUGAAUGCUCUCCAAAUGGCAUCAAAGCCAACGCAGGGCCGGACUGUGACCGCAUCACCGGACAGUGCAGUUGCAAGCCCAGGAUUGGAGGCCGGCAGUGUGAUCGCUGUGCUGCAGGUUAUUAUCGCUUCCCUGACUGUGUACCUUGUAACUGUAACAAAGGUGGCGUCACACCUGACAUCUGCCACCCAGACACAGGGAGGUGUCUCUGCAGGAGAAAUGUUGCUGGCGUCAAGUGCGAUACCUGUCGGGAAGGUUCCUUCUAUUUUGACCCCUCCAACCCUCUCGGCUGUACCGGCUGCUUCUGCUUCGGAGCCACUGACCAGUGUCAGAGCUCCAGCAAGCGCAGGGGGAAGUUUGUUGAGAUGAGGUUCUGGCGUCUGGAAAGCCCCGACCAGGCGGAGGUUACCUCUGUGCUGAACACAGCCAGUAACACCGUGGUGGCAGACAUCCAGGAGCUUCCUCCCACAGUUCAGACUCUACACUGGGUGGCACCAUCGUCCUACCUGGGAGACAGGGUUUCAUCUUAUGGUGGUUUCCUCACCUACCAGUCCAAAUCCUUUGGGAUUCCCAGUGAGGGGAUGACUCUCAUGGACAGAAGACCUGAUGUCGUGCUGACUGGUCACAAUAUGACCCUGAUCCACAUGGCUCCACAAGUCCCACUUCCAGACAAGCUGUAUCAGGGCAGAGUCCAGCUCUUGGAGGGAAACUGGCGCCAUGCUGUCACCAACCGGCCCGUCUCCAGAGAGGAACUGAUGAUGGUCCUAGUCGGUCUGGUUGGCCUGAGGAUCCGAGCGUUGUACUUUACUCAGACCCAACGACUCAGCUUAGGGCAGGUGGGCCUGGAGGGGGCGACUGACACGGGGACCGGUGGUCCUGGAAACACUGUGGAAGAUUGUUCCUGCCCCCCUCAGUACACCGGAGACUCCUGUGAGAGAUGUGCUCCUGGUUUCUACCGAGAUAGCAGUGGGCUGUUCCUGGGCCGCUGUGUGCCCUGUGAGUGCGACGGUCUGGCUAAUGAGUGUGAAGACAGGACAGGAAGGUGCCUGAACUGUCAGUACAACACGGCUGGGGACCGAUGUGAGCGCUGCAAAGAAGGUUACUAUGGAAACGCGGCUCAGAGGACAUGCAGAGUUUGCCCGUGCCCAUUCAGCGUGCCCGCAAACAGUUUUGCAAUCGGUUGUAAAGACGUGUUUGGAGACUUUGAGUGUAUAUGCAGAGCAGGCUACGCUGGAGACAAGUGUGAGAGUUGUGCUCCCGGUUACUAUGGUGAUCCGAUGACGUCAGGAGGAAGUUGUCAGCCCUGUAAUUGCUAUGGCAAUGGCAACAACUGUGAUGCCAGGACUGGAGUUUGCAAGAACACACUGGAGCCGGGAGACACAAACACCGUUGAGCACUGCCAAGAGUGUGAUAAUUGUGCCCAGACUUUACUACAUGAUCUGGAGAAGCUGGAUGAUGAGUUCGGAAGGAUCAAGACUCUACUGGACAAUGCCACCGCCAGUGCCUCCUCUCAGGACCUGCUGAAGAAGCUGGAAAAGGCUGUGUCAGACACCAAGAUUCUUGUCAACAAAUUCAGCUCCGCCAUCAACAAACAAAAGUCCCGAAUCAACCAGCUGGAAGAUGACGCUAGCAAUCUCACAGAUGACAUCGGCACACUCAGAGACAAGGUAGAUGAGAGGGCGGCUGAUGCUGACAAGGCUGUGGAAGAAACUGGAAAAACCCACAAGAGGGCUAAAGAUCUGGACUCAGAGAUUCAAAACAUGCUCAAGAAAAUCCAAGCUCUGCUGGACCAACUGAAGGAUGCUGGCGCCAGUGGUGACACGGUGCCCAAUGAAAGCCUGGCUAAAAUGCUAGAAGACGCUAAGCGCAUGAUAAAGGAGAUGCAGGACAGGAACUUCAGCCCUCAGAAGACAGCUGCUGAGAAAGAAAGAGACGAGGCCAAGAAACUGCUGGACUACGUCAAGGAUGAUGUAAGUAAGCAGUCUGAUGAGAAUCAGGCCGCAGCAGAGAAGCUUCGGGGCCUUCUGAAGGGUUACGAGGACAAGCUGAAGGACCUGGACAAGGCUCUGAAGGAGGCGGUGGACUUCCUGAAAAAAGCCAACGCCCAGAACGGGCUCAAUGCUCAGGCACUGGGAGAUCUGCAGAAACGUAUCGCAGACUUAAAUAAGGAGCGGAAGACUGUUGUGGACCAAAUGGCCUUGGCGAAAAAAGAGCUACAGAAAACAGAGGAUUUGGUGAAAAUGCUAUCUGACAGCAAAACGGAAUACGAAAGGCUGGCAGCACAGAUGGAUGGUGCCAAGACUGACUUGACCAAGAAGGUGAAUGACAUCGCCAAGGCCGCAGCCAAGGAGGACCUUGUGGUGGCUGCAGAGAAACAUGCUAAGGAGCUUAACAAGCUGGCGAAGAAACUUGAGGAUGAUGUGAAGGCCAUAAGUGAACGUACUGAGGUGCAUAACGCCAAAGACGCUAUUGACGCCUAUAAGAACAUCACAGAUGCAAUUAAUGCUGCUGAGGCUGCAGCCAAUGAGGCCAAACGUGCAGCAGACAACGCCCUGAAUAAUGUAAAAAGUCAGAAGCUCACAGAAAGAGCAAAAUACCUGAAAGACAAUAGUAAUGCCCUACUGAAGCGUGCACAGGAGGCAGAGACAGACCUUAAAGAAGCCACAGACGACGUCACUGACCUGAAAAAGAGCCUAAAGAGCGCUGACACGAAGAAGAAAGCUCUUCAGAAAGACCUGCUUGACUCACAGAACCAAUUAAACGGCAUCAAGAGAGAUGACAUCGGUGAUAUGAUUGAUGAAGCCAAGAGGAAGGCAGCUACGGCCAACAUCACGGCCACUAACACCAUGGACAAACUGAAUGACAUCAGAAAGGACCUUAACAAGAUCAAGGUCAACCCUGUGGACUCCAACCUGGACAAUGUGUUGGAUGAUGUGGACAAGUCAGUAAAGAAAUUGCUGGACACCAUCCCAUCUCUGGAUGAUAAGAUCUCAGAGGUGGAGAACCUGACCUCGCAGUUCUCACCCAUUAGCAAUAUAUCUGAGAACAUCAAGAAGAUCAAAGAUCUCAUUGAACAAGCCCGGAACGCAGCCAACAGGAUUGUGAUCCCGAUGAUGUUCACAGGCGAUGGCCACGUGGAGAUGCGUGCGCCAAAGAAUCUGGAGGAUCUCAAGGCCUACACGGCGUUGUCUCUGGCGCUGCAGAGACCUGAAGGCAGGGGUGAUGGAAGACGCAGACGCAGACAGACCCCAAGCAAAGGCGACAUGUUUGUGUUGUACCUCGGCAAUAGAGAUUCUUCUAAGGACUACAUCGGUAUGGUUUUGAAGAACAACGUGCUGAUGGGGGUGUACCGGCUCAACGGAAAGGAGUACACUAUUAAAACGGGCACCAUCACCAAUUCCACGCCUGAGCUGGCUAAGUUCGAUAAAGUGGACCUACGCAGGAUUUACCAAGAUGCCAAGAUGACCUUAAUCAAAGAUAUUACCUCAAACACUCCCGGUGAGCCAAUUGCGGGAAGGAAUGAAGGAUCAGAGGGCAAUAACUUGCUGAACCUCAAUCCCAGUGAUGUUGUUUUUUACGUUGGCGGCUACCCCGACACCUUCACUCCGCCCGCUCCUCUCAAAUUCCCCAAGUACAAGGGCUGUAUUGAGUUCUCCUAUUUAAACGACAAAGUCGUCAGUCUCUACAAUUUCAAAAAGGCAGAGAGGAUCAAUGUGGAGACUCCAUGCAAGAGAUAUGUACCUCCGAUGGACUCUGACUACUAUGAAGGCACUGGAUAUGGCAAAAUGCUAAUCGAUAGACCAUCUGCCAGCCUCCAAAUCAGUUUUACCGUCACUUCUCGUUCAGAAAACGGUCUGCUCUUAUACAUAGGAAGUGAGGACAAUUACUUCACCGUGACGAUGGAGAAGGGCGAAGUUUUCCUACGUAGUAAUUUGCUCGAUGCACCAGCUACAAAGGGCGGCAAAUCAUUCCCGACAGCUGACUGGACAGAAAUCCUCAUCUUUAGUCGGGGGGGUAAAGUGAUAGUCCUUGUCGACAAGAAAGAAGUGGCCAAAGCCGAAGCUGUGUACGACAACAAGGCAUUUAAAGAAUUCUAUAUUGGUGGUGCCCCGCAUGACCUGAGGGAAAGACAUAACAUCACCAUACAGCCAUUCAAAGGAUGCUUGAAGAAAAUGCUGCUGGAUAAAGUCUUUAAACCUUUUGCAGAGAAAGUGGGCAUCAGCAAAGGUUGUCCCAUUGAUUCCUUGAUUUCUCGUAAAGCAGAGUUCAGCUUGGGGAGCUCCCUGUCAGCUGACUUUAACUUUGAUCUGGAGAACGACUUAACUGUCUCCCUCGGAUUCAAGAGCACAGAAAAUCAGGGUCUCAUCCUGCAGGCUAAUGGGAUAAAUCUUUUAAUGGAAAAUGGACACGUGAUUCUCAAUUUCAACAACAAGAUGUGGAAAUCAAACGAGAGAGAAUAUCAUGAUGGCCAGUGGCAUUAUUUGACUAUAAACAGAAAAGGUGGAAGUAUCGAUCUGCUGAUUGAUGAUGAAGACGAGGGUCAGGAGCAGAGUGGCGGCGACACUGCCAUAUCUGACACAGAUGGCUUCUUGAAACUGGGAGAAAACCAUUUCAAAGGCUGCAUUUCCAACGUCUACACAAGACGGCCAACCAUUACGUACAUGGUCGAGGACUUGAGCAAGUUCAAGGCGAAUGGAAACGUCUUGGUGGAUGUGUGUACCGCUGACAGUCCCCCUCAACUGAUGCUGGACCGCGCCUCUAAGAAAGAUGCUGUGAUGCAGGCGAUAAAUGAGAGUCUAUCAGCAUGUGCAUUACCAGCCCUGGUUCAAAAUGCAUAUCGCAUGGGAGGCCCUGUUAGCAGCCUGAGCUACAGCCUUCCACUACAGGUCCUGCAGCCCAGGCCCCACUUUUCUCUGGAUGUCAGGACUCGAGCUUCUGAAGGCCUGCUUUUCUUCGCUGCUACCAGAGGAGGGCGUUCUCAUCUCGCAUUAUACAUCUCCAAAGGCAGGAUCAGACUGUCUGUGGGCAAACAGAAGGAGAUCUUCAACAGGGAGAAGUACAAUGAUGGAAAGUGGCACACGGUCAUAUUCAGUUUGGAGAAGAAGAAGUUUCGAUUGGUUGUAGAUGGGAUCAAAGCCCAGGAUGGUCAGCUGACAAAUGCUGAGUUGAUAUCCAUGCAGCAGUUUGUGUCACCUGCGUACCUGGGCAGUGCCCCAGAGUCGAUGCACAAAGAGCUGAAGUUGAAGGCCCUUCCAAAGCAAAGUGUGUCCGGCUGUAUCCGCAAUUUUAAAAUGAAUGGAGCACCAAUGUCGAAACCAACCACGAACCACGGUGCUGGGCCCUGCUUUGAGGGACAGACACAAAGAGGGGCUUAUUUCUCAGGGAAUGGAGCACACGUCCUCAUCAAUGACUCCUUUGUUAUAGGAUCCAGCUUUGAGCUGCUGUUUAAUAUUCGUCCGCGGAGUCCAACUGGACUCCUGCUACAUAUUGGUGAUUCCAGCUGGAACCAGUACGGACCUGCAAUGGGCCAUUAUCUCACUGUCUACAUGCUCAGAGGAGAGGUGGUGGCACAAGCGAACAAUGGCAAAGGAGAAUUCAUGGUGUCGGUGAAGCCAAAAGCUUCUUUAUGUGAUGGAAUGUUUCAUAAGAUUUCAGUAAUCAAGAGGAGAAAUGUUGUGCAACUGCACGUGGACACAAUGGACAGUUACAAGAUUGGACCACAAUCUUCCACUACAACUUUGACCAAAGACUCCUUGUAUGUGGGCGGCAUUCCUGAGAUGCCAAUGCAACAGACGCUCCCUGUCACAUCGUCAUUUGUGGGAUGCAUCCAGGACAUGAGGAUCAACAGCGACUCGGUCUCUUUUGACAGGCUGUCCGGUGCGUACGGUCCGGUCAACCUCAAAGAGUGUCCAGGCUGAACGUCUCACUGCGUCAUCAUGAAACAAACCUUGGGACCACGUCCACCGCCAACCAUGUGCAAUCUGUUACCAAGACAGAGAAUGUGUUUGUGUGUGAGAAUGUAUAUUUUAUGAGCAGUGUGUUUCAGUGUGAGUGUGUGUGUGAGUCUGUAUGUAAAAUAGAGAUUUGAGCAGCAGCUUACAGGUUCAUAAUAUUUGCUGCUCUGUUAAACAGUUCUGUAUUUAUUUUGUGAUAAAAUCAUGUAUCAGGGCACCAAUUCACAUAUUCUAACAGUUGUUUUACAGUCUGAUGUGUUGGUCCAUUAAUUUUCUGUCGACAAUCAAACGCUACUGAAUAAGCUUGUGAUUGGUCAGGGCUGCCGUAGGAGCAGCCCAGCACUUUAAGAAAACAAAUAAUGCCUUUUGUGAUGGUGCUUUUAAUGGAGGUCAACAUUAUCAGUUGAUUUGUUUUUGUUUGUUCAUUGGAAAGUUUAUACUAGAAUAAUUACGCUUACACCCACGGUGCUCAACUCAGUGACAUUUCAGAGGCUGCCUAGCUGUUUUAUAUUCAUAUCCACAUGCCAGCAUGUAGAGCUCUGCAUUUUAACACACAGGCCAUGAAAUCACAUGGUUUUUCCCCAUACUGUAUUACUGUUGUUCUGAAUUAAUUUUUCAUUUUGCAUUCCUUUUUCAUGCAUGAGGAUGUUCUGUGUGGCUGUUAAUGUCAGCUACACUAGAGAACAGCAUGUACUGAAGUUUGUGGAGCAUUGUCUAUGAGUUGAAAACCAAUAUAGAUUCUAAUAAUAAGUCUCACAAGUCAUGUUUGGGACCAUUUAGCCUAUAUUACUAUAACGUUGAAAUUAAUGUAACAAAAAACAACAACAUGUAUUUGAUGUAUUUAAACUCCCCAGCAAGUGUUUACUUGCCUGCUUUGUACAUUUGUGGAAAAUUUUGUGACAUAAGAAAAAAUAUGCAUGACGAUUGGACAUGAUGAUUUUUACAUGCAUUCCUGUCUUGUGACCACUGAUUUGUAAGCUAUUUUGUAAUUAAUGUACUUUAUAAAUACUUCUCAGUGCCAUAAA